AAAUAUCCACUUGUCACGCAGAUUGACGUACGCUCACGAUAGGGUUUAUUUACUUAUUCAAUGACGUUCGCGUAAUAAACCUCCGUCAAUGCACAGUCACCGCCUACCCAGAAACCAAACAAACUAAAUCUCGGUUUUCCUUCUCUCAUAUUUUGAGCUUCUCGUAUUUUUUUCCUGCCAUAUAUAACAAAGGUUUGUGGAAAAUGUAGUCUUUCGUGUAAAGGCGUGGCUGUGUGUGUUUAGUUAGCAUGAGGCGUUCGCUUUAGGAAACAGUAAAAAAGAACUGGCAUACCGGAGUACUGCACAGCGAUCUUAAGCGUCUUCUGAUACCACCAAGACCAUUUAUUUGCCCUGAAAUUUGACACAUCUGGCUGUUUACUUGGUUACCAGCGCUAAGACGCGCAGUUGCGACACACUGAACUGCAACUUCCAGAAUGCCUCACUUCCCGAAGGGCGCUGUCACUUACAGGAGUUCCGCCCCAGUGGCACCGUGAUUGGACAAGCCAUAGCGCGCUCGUCUGUUGAUUGGAGUAGACGAAUCUCAUUCCCAUGCCGUCCACAAUUUGCGAUAAAACAUUCUUAUUACUGGCGUUUGGAGACAGAAUGGUGUAAGCAAUAUUGCAGGUCAAUGUAUUCCAUCAGAAGAGGCGUUGUGCCAGUAUGACUGAGAACCCAGCUUUCUUAAAAGAAAAAGAUGCUCACUCUCUUCUUAAACGGCUGCCUAGAGCCAACGGUUUCCUGGAAGAAUUCAGACAAGGAAACAUUGAGCGCGAGUGCAUGGAAGAGAUCUGUAGCUACGAAGAGGCUAAGGAAGUCUUUGAAAACAAAGAAAAGACGAUGGAAUUUUGGAAGAACUAUAUCUACACAGUAAGCAGCAACUCUGGGUCAAGGACUGAGCGCACUGAAGCUAUGUACAUGGUGGUGCCACUUCUGGGAGUAGCAUUACUCAUCAUUAUUGCACUUUUUAUUAUAUGGAGAUGCCAACUACAGAAAGCCACAAGGCGUAGGCCUGCAUACUCACAGAACCGCUAUCUCUCAAACCGGACAUCUCGUAGUUUGCCUCGUAUUAUGGUGCAUAGAGAGGCAUCUCAUACGGUGCCUGAGCAGCCACAUCAUGAAAUGAAUCCUAGAGCGGGUGCCAUAGAGCGCACUGUAGCAGGAACAGACAAUGGUGCACACUCAAGCAGAACUCUCUAUGUCCAAGAUUCUUCAGUCUCCAUUGCUUCGCGGCUUUCAAGUGCCACUCCUCCUCCAUCGUAUGAAGAAGUAACAGGACAUAUGGAAAGCAGCAGUGAUGAAAACACUACACCUUAUAGUGAACCUCCACCAAAAUAUGAGGAGAUUGUUAGACAAAAGUGAACUGUUUUACUUGUGACAGGUUGAAAGGACAAAGAGCUGCUAGUGGAAGGAGAAGGAAGAUGACUUCAUCUUUUUUCUCCGGUAAUGCUGCAGCAACUGUGUCUAUCCAGGCAUCCUAAGGUAACCAAACAGAAUUUGGUAUUGUAUAGUAGCCCUGACUGAAAUGGGGAUAAAAGCUGCCGCUGAUUGUCUUGUGACAGAAAUGGUUUGUAAGCACACUGCAAAUAUCUACUCUUUGAAUUUAUAAAAUUAAUGAAAAGGACACGUGAAGGAGGCCAGUCUUUACCCAUUCCAAACACUGAAAUGAGAGCAAAGUUUAGAAAAGCAGGCUAUUUUGAAAAUAUUUUUAAAAUAUAAAGUCAUCUAAUAGGCAGUAUUAGAAACAAAGAAUAAAAAGCAAUAUGCAUCUUUAGGAACACCAUCAUUUAAAAAUGACUAAACGGAGUGUAAAAACAAAUCUUUUCAUAGCUAGUCUGCUCCUUAAUUGCACAUUUCAUGCAGUUACUAAAAGUGUAGCCAUAUCUUUUACCUUCCUGUUUAAUGACUGCAACACUCUAUAACAGAGAUUUUUUAGAAUUGACUUACUUCUCAGUAACAGUUGAAUGAGUCAAUACCUGGUUACAAAUGGAAUAAGGAGAAUUCCUGUAGCAGCAAAGGUGUAUAUAUAGCCUUUUAUAAACAUGCAUACUUUUAUAGCAAAAGAGGUUAUGCUUUGGUGUUUUACUUGGAAGGAGUCUGAAUUAAGCAUACGAAAAAAAUGCUUUGUCAGGAUUUUCUCAUCCACUUCUAAAUGAAGCAUGGAAAGCUGUGCUGUCUGCUGAGAACUGAAUUGGUGGCAAUUUGCAGGAAAGCUUUAGUGAUACUUUUUGAAAACUCUAGGAAAGGUAAUUUGAAGAUACAGAGCUCUCUGAAAGUAUGCAUUAGAAUGGGAAAGAACCCUAUUAUGUCAAAUGAGAAUAUUAAUGGGAUGUACUGAUGGAAAACUUACUAAGAUGCCAAGCCUUUAAUUGACCAAAGCUCUUUAGAUAGUUGCUUCUCUAAUGGGAUGGACCAAUAUAAACACCUGAUGCCUUUCUCUGACUCCUUGAUCAUUUGUAAAAAUAAACAAGACAAACAAUAGUGUGAAUUUAUUCCUUCUAUAGCAGUGGUAAGCUUAUAAGAGGGGGAAAAAACUUUUAUAUUAUUUUUGGAAGUCUUAAAAUGUUUUUCAUGAUGUUAGAACACAGCUGCACUGCCAUUGAUCACUGUAUUAAUUCAGGGUUUGAGUUUAAUGGCUUGAUUAGUGUCUUGAUUUUCUUAAAAAUAAUACAUUUUCAGGCUAAUUAGCAAGUGUUUUCUGUAAAAUAGGGGCUGCAAGAAACUGCACAAAUUGAAUCCUGAAACAUAACCCUGAAAGUCCACUUGCCUUAAGAUCUGUUCUUACAUUUCUUUUAUAGCCAGCAAUGAGAAUUUGUCUGUGAAAGAACUCGCUGUUAGGCACCAUUUCUUUACCAGGCUUAGACAAUACUUAAUGAUCAGUGGAUUCUUCAAAUUUGAUGAGUUAUUAGCAACAACAGAUGCCACUGUUUAAAGGAUAACGGUACAAAUACCACCCUGUUCUCAAACCCACUUAAUCAUAGUCGAGGAGGUGGGCUUCAUUGUCUGUCCCUUCAGCCCUGGGUAUAAGGCAAGAAACAACCCUGUUGUACAGGACAAAUAGUCCAUCACAGAACUUGAUACUAUAAAUUCUUCACAGGAUUAGUUUUUUUUUUUUUUAGUAAAAUUUAUGAUACAAAUUUGCUAUAUUCAGACUUUUAAAAGAAUGGUGUUUUCCUUUUAGACUGCUAAAAAGCCAAAUUUAUUUAUUUACAUUUUUUAUUAAAAAAAAAAGGAGUUCAAAGUAAUCCCGCUUCUCUUUCAUGUGCAGCUAUGUUAUAAAGUUUAUUAGUAAUUUUCUGGCCCUGAGUGAGCUCAUUAGAGAUAUAUUUGUCAGACUGUGUUUUCGCUCGACAAGAGAGGAUAUAGUUUUGGACUUGUACGUUUCAUCCAACAACACUAGAUUACUGUGCAUAAUUAGAGCACAUAUGCAUGAGACAAAGUCACUUUACAUUAAACAAAACGAACCAGCUUCCAUUUACUCCAUUAUUGUAUGUAUCGUGCACUGACUUCAAUAUUUUUAUUGCUUCCAUAAUGCAUUUCAGCAAAUACACUGUUAAGUUAAAAUGUAAAUUAUCAGGCACUAUAUAAUAUUAAUGCAAUCUUGUGUUAUUAAUAUAUGAUCCUAAAUCGGUAUUUUUAUUUUGUACAGUGGGCAUGUCAUCUUCAGUGAAGCAAUAGACAAAAAUAUUCAAAUUGAUGUUGAAGGUUUCUAAACUGAAGGAACAAAAAAUGAAACAUUCAAUGGGUACUGAUAUAUUAAAUAAAGAAUGUACAUUGUUCAAAAAGAAAAUACAUUUUUCCAGUACUAUAUUGCAAUAGUGGUGGAUGCUAACAAUGAGUCAAAAUAUAUGUAUUUUCUACAGUGAAAUGUUUACUAUGAGUAGCAAAGUGUUUUUAACUCAAAAGUAUAGUCAUGGGUAAAGCUGUAGCUGUAUAUACAGUGUGUUUAAAUUGUUAUGAGGCCAAGACUUCUGCAUAGCAAGCACUUAAUUUCUUCUCCUUUUAACAGUCAAGAACCAAACUUGACAUGAAGUAAAUUAACCUACUAAUAUGACAGCAAUGCAAAGCAUACUGAGGUUUUCCUGUUUGUAUAAGCAUGUGAUGAAAACCUUUAACUGGUACCAGCAAAUUGUGUUGAAGUGUACCUGAGAUGCAUUUUCUAGUACUGUAUCUUUUCAUGGGAAGGUACUCUCUGUUAAAAUUGUAUCGUUCCUGAAAGUUUGUGUCUCCUAAUAUAUAAUAUCUGCACUUACUAUUGCAGUGCAUGUUGGUGUUUCCAUGGAUACUUUGUGGUGUGAGGAAAACAACCAAUAUACAAAUACUUUUGCAAAUGUAAAUGUAAAUUCGUAAUACCAAAAAACUGCCCUUUUUUGUUUUUUUUAUAAUGUGCCUACAAUCUAACAUAUAUAAUAGUUCACAGUACUUGUGGAAAAUAAGGUUGUAACUAAAAAUGUAAACAAAAAACGUUUUAAAUUUUGUUUAUAUAGAUACAGUUGGAAUUGCAUCCAUUGUGUGGAUAAAUAUUAACUGGCUCAUUUUAAGAUUGAUAACCACUUGUGAAUAAUUAUUUAAAGCAAUGCCAUGUGAGUUUGGCGUGCCAAGUGUGUGUGUGUUAUCGUUAGUAUUAUUUAUGAAUUGUGUUAAUAACUGGGAGACCAAUACAUGAAUGCUAACAAGAUAAAGCAUUAUUAUUAGUCUCUCUAAUUUAGGCAAUACAAAGUUGCCACAGAGAUUAGCUGUUUAUUUGGAAAUUUCCCAAAACAAACGAAACGAAAGCACAUAAUGUACUUUAUAGAAACAAUGCUUUUUGUUGACAAAUGAGAGAAAAAAAAAACUACUAAGCUAACACUACUUUCUUCUGCUUAAUUUUUAGAAAAAGGCUACCUACAACCUUCUUUCAAACCUGUGCUGUAAAGAGUACAGUUGCAGCAACAGUUUGUAACUCUUAGAGUUCUAUUUGUUUUCUACUAACUCUGAAUAUUAACAGACUUUAUUUUUACAGUGUUGACAUCUUGUGAUUUCUUAGAUGUACAGCAAAACUGUUUCUUGAAGAUUUUUUAGACACUUCACAUUUUAAUUGAGAAAUUGUUGAGAACAGUACGAUUUCGAUUUAUUUUAUUAAUGACUUUAUUUACAAAGGUAUAAAGAUGGGCUAGUUAUGGAGACUUAAUGAAGAAACUCUUAAUGUUGAUUUACCCUGUAAAAUACACUUGCUUGCCGAGAGCUCCAAAAGAGAACUAUUAACCAUUAAGGAAUUAUUAACCAUGCUUUGCAAUGACUGAAACAGUUUACCCAUCCACCUGAACUUCAGGAGAAACUAAAAUGGACAAUACAGUAUUCCAAAAAAAAAAAAA